AUGUUGAUUAAAGAAGAAAAAAAAGUCGCAAUUAAAAAAGAGAAGGAUGUGAUUAGACAAGAAAUGGACACGAUUAAAAAAAAGAAGGAUGUGAUUAAACAAGAAAAGGAUGUGAUUAAAAAAAAGAACUCAAUUAAAAAAAAGAAGGACGUGAUUAAACAAGAGAAGGACGUGAUUAAAAAAGAAAAGGACGUGAUUAUUAAACAAGAGAAGGAUGUGAUUAAACAAGAAAAGGACGUGGUUAUUAAACAAGAAAAGGACGUGAUUAUUAAACAAGAAAAGGACGUGGUUAUUAAACAAGAAGAGAACGAAGAUUCCUUUGAGUUCAACUCAUCCACCGAAGAAUCAACCAAUAAAAAACGCAAAAAGUCUAGUAAUAAAAAAUCUCUUAAUAAAAGACCGAAAUCAUUUUGGACUAAGGAAGAGGAUCAGGCGUUAUUCGAUGCAGUCACAUCAUUUGUUAAUGGGAGAUGGAAAGACGUGUGUUCAAAAGAUUCUUCUCUUACAGAACGUGGACCAAGAAUGGUUUAUCAAAGAUGGAAUACUAAAAGCAAAUAUUUCUUAGGAGCUAAUGUUGGAAAAUAA